AUGUACGACGUGAUAGUGGUUGGUGCCGGAGUGGUCGGGCCAUGCAUUGCCACAGUGAUGGCUAGGCAAGGCCGCAAGGUUCUGAUUGCCGAGCGGGAAUGGACAAAGCCAAACAGGAUUAUCGGAGAGCUGUUGCAACCGGCAGGCCUGAAAGCACUCAAGCAGCUGGGUAUGGUCGGUGCGAUCAACAAUAUAGAUGCAAUCCAGGUCGAUGGGUACUAUGUCUCGUACUACGGCCGCCAUGUGCAGAUCACGUACCCCGACAAGAGCGUCCUUGCUGAGAUCGACACCGAGCCCGUGCCCGGGGCUUUGAAGCUUGGAAAUGAGGACAAGCUGGAGACAGACAGCACUUUGAACAUGUCUGAAUGGGACCGCACGCCCACAGUCCGCGGAGUCGCCUUCCACCAUGGGGACUUCCUCAUGAACCUACGGGGUCUGUGCUUGGCAGAGCCGAACGUGACCAAACUGGAGGGCAACGUCACGGAGCUUAUCCGCGAAGACGGCAGGGUCGUAGGUGUGAAGGUUGCCGGCAAAGGAGAGUACCGCGCGAAGCUGGUGAUAUGUUGCGACGGCAUCUACUCGAAAUUCAGAAAGGAGCUCUACCAGGACAAGCAGCCGGAAAUCGAGUCGUAUUUCGUGGGUUUGGACCUCGAAGACGCCGAGCUGCCUCUCAAAAAUCACGGGCAUGUGAUACUCGGCAAGCAUGCCCCCAUUCUGAUGUACCAAGUCAGUCCCCGUCACACGCGGAUCCUGUGUUCGUACCGAAGCUCCCAGUUACCAAAGCAAAAGGAGGUUCUUGAGUACCUGAGAUCGCAGGUGCUUGUGUCCUUGCCUGAAAAGCUGAAACCAUCGUUCGAGAAGGCUUUGGGCGCCGAGCAGAACGUGUACAGAAGCAUGCCAAAUCAGUAUUUGACUGCCAAACCAAACACGGUUCCUGGCCUGAUCUACGUCGGGGAUUCGCUCAACAUGAGGCACCCGCUCACGGGCGGGGGCAUGACCGUUGGCCUGAACGACGCGGUUCUGCUGUGCAAGCUGCUGGCAGACGUUCCAAGCGACGAUUUCCUGGACGAGGGCGUCAUGCUAGAAAAAAUGCUCACCUUCCAUGGCGAACGCAAGCCGCUGGAUGCGGUCCUCAACACCCUUUCUAUUGCGCUCUACACCUUAUUUGCAGCGGAGUCGAGGUACCUCGAGCUUCUGCAACGCGGCUGCUUUGCGUAUUUCGAGCUUGGAGGCAAGUGUAUCUCGGAGCCUGUUGGGCUCUUAUCCGGCAUGCUGCAGUCGCCUGGUAUGCUGUUCUACCAUUUCUUCAGGGUUGCAUUCUACAGCUGCUACCUCAACUUCUGUGACAGAGGCCUUUUGCAAAGUCCGAUUGCUCUCUGGGAGAAUAUCUGCACCCUGUCUAUUGCCGCGUGCGUGCUACUGCCCUAUCUGAUUAAAGAAUUAAUGUAG